CUCCUCUUUUUAUCUCAAACGCUCGAAGUGACAGCAGCCACAUGCACCAGUAGCGCUCAGAAGAAGAAGAAGCGGAUUUUAAGUGAACUAAAGGUAUAGGCUGGAGUCUGAGCAUCUCCAUGGUGUUUUGAUACAGAACAGUAUGUGACAUCAGCGGCCUUUACGUCUUCUGCUCGUGCGGAUUGGGCAUGAGUGAGGAGCCCCGCCCUCAUUUGCCCAGCUGACCAAUCAGAAUGUUUGAGGUGAAGCCCAUGAGCGUGGAGAAGGAGGACACAGCUGCGGGAACAGAUGAGGGCAGUAAGGUGUGUGACGGGGCUGUCAGCGGCUGCGGAGGGGAUUCGCUGUAUCUUUACGAGGGUCAGGACUGGGUCAUCUCCCCCUCCUGCUCUCCAGAGGAACCCAGUGCCAUCUCACCCAUGCUGGCCGAGGAAACCUUCCGCUACAUGACAUUUCUAGCUGUUGGUUCCUCUUAUCCCCAUAAUGGCUCUAACAGCCUCUCUAAAGUCCUCAGCGCUGACCGGGUGGAGCAGAUGACCAAGACCUACAAUGACAUUGACGUGGUCACGCACCUCCUGGCUGAAAGGGACCGUGACCUGGAAUUGGCCGCUCGGAUCGGUCAGUCUCUCCUGCAGAGGAACCACGUGCUGCAGGAGCGAAACGACUCUCUGGAGGAGCAGCUAGCGCAGGCCGUAGACCAGGUUCAUCAGCUACAGCAUGAGUUGGCGAAGAAGGAUGAACUCCUCCGUAUGGUCGCGAGUGUCAGCGAGGAGAGCGAGACCGACUCCAGCUGCUCCACGCCGCUACGUCACCCCACACCCACAGGGGCCGCUCUCGCCCUCAGCCAGCUGGGGGCCCUCCAGUCCAAACUCCAGGAGCUGGAGGAGGAGAACCUGUCCCUGAGAUCAGAGGCCUGUCACCUGAAGAAGGAGACCAUCACUUAUGAGGAGAAAGAACAGCAGCUGGUGAACGACUGCGUUAAAGAGCUACGAGAGUCAAACAGUCAGAUGGUGUCACUGACGGACGAGCUCUCCCAGAAGAACGAGGAGUUAAUAAGACAUCAGGAGGAGAUCGCACAACUCCUCUCACAGAUCGUUGAGCUCCAGCAAAGAGUCAAAGAGUUGGCACUAGAGAAAGAAGAGCUGAGAAUUCACCUUCAAGCCUCAAAGGAAGCACAGCGGCAGCUCACAGCAGAGCUGAAGGAGCUGUCAGACAGGAACGCAGAGUGUGUGGGAAUGUUACACGAGUCUCAGGAGGAGAUUAAGGAGCUGCGCAGUAAGAGCACGCCGUCUGCAGGCCUGCGCAGACACCUGUCGUAUGGACUCUACCCUAUGGAUUCUUUGGCAGCUGAGAUUGAAGGUACUAUGAGAAGAGAGCUGAGUGUAGAAGAGGAAAUCGCCUUCGAGGACCAGAGGUCGACCCACAAGCGUGUGUUCCAGACGGUGCGAUCUGUCAAUCAGUCGGUGAUGAGAGCGGUUGCCGCAGUGCCUCCGAUCCCUGGCUCCGCCCGCAGCGGCGUGGUCAUGACCCCAGUGCCCUAUCAAUCACACACACCCAACACAGAGGAACGAGCUGGAGACGUGGACACCACCAAAGAGAACUCUCGUCUGGGUCAGCCCGGCUCUCCCGGAGGAAACGACCUCACAUCAGCCCUAAACCGCCUCUCCCUGCGGAGGCAGAACUUCCUGUGCGAGCGACAGUUCUUCCAGGCCGAGAGAGAGCGGAAGCUGCAGGAGCUGGCGGCUGCGGAGUCAGAAGGGGGCGGGAGCGGCUGCAGUUCACCAAUGGGAAGCACCGUCUCGUCUUUCUCCAACCUAUCAGAAUUCUCCAUCUCCUCCAGCUGUUUCAAGACAUUUCUCCCUGAAAAACUGCAGAUUGUUAAACCAUUGGAAGGUUCUCUGACUCUUCAUCACUGGCAGCAGCUCGCUAAACCUCACCUGGCCACUAUUCUAGACCCCCAUCCAGGCGUAGUUACCAAAGGCUUCCGCCCUCUCACUCAGGACAAUGUUUACCACCUGGCUGACCUCGAAGAGGACGAAGACCAGGAGAAACUACCAUGGGAACAUAAGAGAAAAGAGGAGGAGCCACGGGAUGCAAAGAUAAAAGAGGAAGACGAGGAAGGAAUCACAUUUAACGUGCGCUCAUCGUCCACUCCGGAAGAGAAGAGAGAGAGGAGGCGUGUCCAAAGCCCAGCUAAUGUCCCGCCCCUUCCUGCAUCCCUCAGGAAUUCCCCUGUGCCCAUAGCAACAGCUGUUUCCUUAGCAGCAGCAGUUACCCUGACAGCCAGCGCUGCUCCUGCAGUUAGUUCUGGAAUCUCCGGAUCAGCUGCUUCACAGUUUGAGCUGAAUCUCGGAUCUAAAGGGCCCUCUAUAGCUAUAAAUCCUGGGAAAUAUCAGAGCUCCACUUUUUCCACAUACACCUUCACUACCUGCCGGAUCCUGCAUCCCAGUGACAGCACACAGGUUACAGCCAGCUCUGCCUGCAGUCCUUCUGUGAGUGAUAACACCCCGAGUUCUCUCCGGACCGGUCCCAGUACUCCAGUCACACCCUGCAGGUUGAGUCUGGGCGAUUCUUUCCCCGUUCGCCGUCCUGCAGCGCCACCUGGUGGUCUCGCCAAGCUCCUGCUGGAGAAAGGCAUCUCUGCUCAGGGUCUCGCCGCUGUGCCGGCACCCAAAAAGCCUCUUUCUCUACGUCGUCUUCCCAGCACUCCUCCAAACUCCCCCUCCCACUCCCCAUGCCCCUCUCCUGUGCCCUUCGACUCCCGAUCCACCUCUUCGGACAACUUCCUAGCAUCCCGUCCCGCCGAGCUCUUCCUGCAAGACGUCUACGGGCUGAAACUCGGCCGUGCCCCACGACCGGAUCUCCUGACCCCUGAUCGAUCUCCUCAUGGGCCGUCGACCAAACCCGACUGCCACGCCGUCAACCUCGUGGAGCAUCUUCGCAAGCUAGGCUUGGAUAAAAAAGUUCUCCAAAGGUCAGAAGCCGAAGGCGCCCAUCCACAGGAAUCUGCCACCUUGCUAGCAACAGGAGGAGGCAGCUUAUUGGAUGGGCUUCGUCGAAAUCAAAGUCUGCCUGCCAUGGUUGGCCGCCGUAGCGCAUCAGUCUCCAGUCCGUCCUUUCCUGUCCCGCCCCCUCACCCUACUUCCCUGGCCCUUCCAACUCCACCAUGGAGGAACCUAAACAAACCGCGCCGCACAUGUAGACACGCCUCCCUUUCUCAGGCCCCGCCCUACCUGCAUAAUUCAUAAGGAUGUGGGCGUGGUCUCCGACCAACAGGAGUGAUUAUAUAUCUAUCCCUUGAUAAAGAGGCUGAAAGACAUUUUUUAAAGCACAAAAAUUAAGUUAAAGUGUCUUGUUGCCAUGUUUGUUAAAAUGAAUAUUUUUAAAGGCCUUAUAGCACUCAAGAGGAAACUACUAUUUUUCUCCAUCUAAAUUUCUUUUUUCCUUUAUUGUUCAUCUAUGUCCCUUUAUCCUUGAUUUACUUUCUUUAACAAGUCAUCGCACUUAUUUUCUCUCCAUUAACACGUGAGGCUGUGGAGCUGUGAAGUGUUGAAUAGAUCAGGAAGGGAUAUGUACGUGUCGAGGGUUGUUGAAUGUUGAAUCGAUGGAAGGAAGUUCAAAGGAAUGCUGUAAAGAACUGGAAAUCUGAAGGUUUCUGUAGGUUUAAAGUGAAUUUACUGUGACUUUGAUUCAUCCUAGUGAAUCAUAUAAACAAGAUUGAGGUGAUGAACACGAAGGAGAAUGGAAUAUGGCAAGUGAAAUGGAUGGUCGCAUCUCCACAGCCUCAUUUUAGGGGUUUGUCUUGAUUCAUUCAGCAGUUCCUGUGAGUUCCUCUGUGUAGUUGGUCAGUCCGUCCAGCGUUAUAGAUGGCUAAAGCCUUUUAGACAUUUAGUAGAACAUCUACCUGCUAUAUUGUCUAUUUUUGCAACAUUACAGGGGCAGGUGGAAGGUCUAAGCAAGCAUUUGCGUCCCUCAGCAUGCUGGUGUAUCUGGACGUAAGCUCCUCUUUUUUUCUUUGCACUGAAUUGGUUAUUGGGAAGUUUUAUCACAAAAGAGCAGAUCUGGACUGCUCAGGAUAUAUUUGGGUUCGUACAGGCACUUGUUCUGCUACAUGUAACUGGUGUGUUAUUUGAAAUAAUAUUCAGGGACUGUGUAUUUAAGGGAAAUGAGUGAUUUGUUCAUAUGUACACUCAAAAGGCAUCACUGCAGAUUGUACUUUAAGUUUGGCUUGAAAUGGUUCUGCUGCUCAAACCUGAUUUUUGCUCCAGGUUUCCAUCUUCAAUAGAGUAGGAUAUAUUUGAUCUAUUCUCAUUCUAUUUGCAUUUACACCCCUUUAAAUAUAAAGCAUACAAAUUGUAUUUUUAGUGAUUACAGAAACCUUUCUGAAGUAGCCCUAACGCUGUCAACCACUGUCUUGACACUUUGACCAUGACCUUUGACCCCUGAAUGAAUUCCUUAGUGACACCGAUUGUGCUGCUUCCUUGUCGUCUUCACUUAUGUCCCUACUUUCCUCAUUUUAUGCACUUUUAUUUUUUAACCCACUAGAAUUGUGUUUUUAGUAAAUAGGCAUUACGUGUGUUAUCUAACAGUAAAGUAACACUAGAGUACGUUAAUACAUCUAACCUGAGAGAUAGCUAAUAUUAUUUACCAACCAUUCAGCUAGGAAUGAGAUUUUAAUAUAUUUCAUGUUUUUGGUGGAGUUUGAGAAGGGACUCAAGUUUCAAAGACCUUUUUGGGUUUAAACCAAAAUGAUUUGUCUUUCUUGCCUGAAUUGUCAUUUUAUAAGCUGAAAUGGUAAACUGACCUUUUGUGCUUUCUAGUAAAUGACAAUGACAGCACAGGGAAAACCAUCAGUUUGGUUCAGAAACUGUUACAGGAAAGACAUUUAAUAAGCUUGUGUCAGCUAUGCCAAGAACACAAUCUAAACUUCAGAAUAAUACCUGCAUCUAUACAUCACUAGCUUUAUCUCUAAUCCCAGCGGUGUGGAAGUGUAUGGUACUAAACGCAUGAUUUGAUUUCUGUAGCAAAGUGUCCUUAUUUACAUCCUGCUGUUGAUGUCAUCAAGCUCUCUGCUGCCAUUGAGGUCAAAGGUCAAUGCUUGAAGAUGAUGCCACAAGUCGUGACAUCAAGCACCAGGUGAUUUCUUUUGUGCUGUUGACAUAGUAACCACAGCCUUGGAGUGAUUUCCUGUGUUUAGCUGUCAGAACCCUGUAUUAGUAUCAUUAUGUUGUGUUUUUUUAAUAAUAAAACAAACAAAUUCA